CUCCUCCUCACUUCACUUUCUGCCUCCUCGACUUGCAGUCAGACGAUACGACUGUAGCUGACAAGAGAUUGCUGACUAGUAAAGGACCUGAUUGAGACCACAAUGAUUCCUAUUUUGAAGCUCUUGCUGGCUUUGGCCACAGUUUUGGGGGUUGUAGUCAGAGGUCAGAAUCUGAUAUGUGAUGGCAAUUUUGAGAGGAAUCAGCUUCAAAACGCCGCCCAGAACGCACUAAACACUAUUGGUUCUACUCGCACGCUGACUGCUUCUAAUAAGCUAGCAGACCGGGGCCAGCAUGUCUUCAACAACAACCUCCUUAAGUUCCACCGCAGUGUUUUGGAGGGCCUGCUGAAUGAAGUGGGGGGCUCUGAGCAGCUGAAUAACCUGAUGGAGGACCUGAAGCCCCUCAGUGAAGAUCAACAAAAAGCAAUUAGCACAACAAUGGUGGCCCACUUCAGUCCGAAGGACGGUUAUGUGGAUUAUAAUGCAGCUGUGUAUGGAGCGUAUGUGGAGGAGCUCCGAAAGGCACUUGUGGCAUACCUCAAGGGUUGUACAUCUAACAACCAAGGUGACAAAUACAAACUCCAUGAAAAGCGUUCGCGGGUGCAGUUCAUCGCCGAUGAGAUGGUGAACCGUAAUGUGUUUGUGGACCCAAUGGCCUGCGAUCACUGGCUGAAGAAGGACCAAAACAAACAUGUGAAACAGUUCAAUGAGAUCAGAGCUGCAUUGAAGAAAAUGAUCCAGAACAUCCUGAAGGACUUCAAAGAAGUGUCCAAAAAGAUCAAAGUCUUUCGUGAGAGAAACAGCUGUAGCAGCUAGAGACAUCAAGAGAUCUGUCUUCUGACCCGAAAUGAUCACUGGGAGGAGCUCUUCUUUCUGAAAUCAAUAAGCAAUGCUUUGGUUUUACCCACAUUCACUUUUAAAUCACAUGAGCUAAUAAUAAUAAUAAUAAUAAUAAUUUAAACUCUCUUUAGGCCAGAUCAUUGCCUUGUUUAAUUAAACUCAACAGGGCUCUAUCAUCUCAAAACUCAAGUAUUUGACUAGAGACCGUACGAUGCCAUGGGACUCUUUUUAUAGUUAAAUAAGAAUAGUUGACCCAAAAAUGAGAAUC